CACCACGAGUUAUCUCAAACUAUGGUCAGAUUGACAACUUACGUUUAACAGCACCACCACGAUUAACGAUUUGCAGCUAAAAUCGGCUCACAUUUCAUAACCCCAAGAUGCUUUAGCAAUAUGACUACGUAUUUCAAUUACAGUUAGACGAAAUAUAAUCUGCGCGCUUUGUCCAAUAAAGAAUGAAGAUUUGUAAAACGAAGCAUAGAACACUGAUCCACUUGAUAUAUUUGGAAUGGACUAUAAUACUAUCUUGUCGAAAUUCAAACUUCAACCAACGGUCUGCUUGGCAAAAGUUUUUAAAAGUUUACUUUCAGUGAUUUCAUUGAUAAUAUUUACUGAAGUGGCCAAUUUAGUGAAUGUGAAAAGAUAUGUUUUCGUAGAAACUCUGUCAGGGUUACUGAAUAAAACUAUGGCUCUGUGGAACAAGAUAUCCUCAGGAUUUGAUACUGAAGAUGAAACUGUCAAUUUUGGAGUCAGCCGAACCGUGGCAGAGAGCUUUGAUUCUGUUUACGAAACAACUACCCUUGCCACUAUCGAAGCCGACAGCGAGGUCCUCGAGAACCCAAAGGUUAUUGCAUCUAUACAGAACUCUACACUAUGCGUAGUGGUAGAUAAGUCGAUUACUGUAUUUAAUAGUACUACAAGCCAAGGAAUGAGAGUGUGUAUUGGGUUUGAUACUAUAAUAACAUCUUUUUGUCUCUCGAAGGACUUGUCCUUUUUGUUCGUCACUUCAACUGACGGAACUCUGUAUUGUUUGAAUCUGGAAGCUGAUGGGCGAUUGGUUUUCUUCAGGCAUGUUAUUCAGGAUCACCACAAGCCAGAUGAAGUUAUAUUGAACAUUUUCUUGGAAGACAGUUUCAACGAUGUCCCAGAUUUAUUACUCGUUACUUCAAAAGGACACAUUUACAGAUUAUCAGGAUUCACUGAGGAAGUUAUGGAUUCCGUGCUUGAUGUGGAUGAUGUUGCACAGCUUGAAGAACUUACACUGACCGUUCAGUGUUCUCCAUUGUUCAGAGAAAACAAUCCUCAAGAAGUCAUAUUUAGCAAAAUUGGUGCUUUGGAUGAAAAACAAUCUAUAGUUAUGAUUCGUAACAAUCUGUUAUCCAUUUGGCCAAGCGGGCGUUCUUGUUCAUUGAAUGCUUUACCCUACAAAUAUGUCAAAGUACAAUGUUUUAAACAUACUAGAUUAUUACUAUGUCUACGUACAGACGGAGCUAUAAAUGUUGUUUGUUCUUCAACGCUUCUUGCAAAAAAAGUUUGGGAUGGACGUGCUUCAGACAUAGAAAUUAUGGAAGACCAGCCCGAUUGCCCGAUUCGAAUUCUUAUUCUCUUAGUGGCAAAAUCAGGUAGUGCAACUACAUUUAUGCAGCUUGUUUCGUUUCCUGGUUUUGAAGUUAAAUUCAAUCUUGAAGUUCCAACAAUGACCUAUUUGGUCAGCUUGGAUACCAGUUCUAUGGAUGAAAUAGUAUUUUUAGAAGGAGCCAGCAAGACUUCACCAGUUAUCGACACCAUUAAAGUAAAAGUAGUGGAAGAUAAAUUGCCGGAAUUUCGAAUGCAGAGAUUAUUGAAGCGUGGCCAAUAUCAUGAGGCUGAAAGUUUUGCCAAGAGGUUUCACCUGAGUUUGAAUGCAAUUCACUGUGCUAGGGCCACUGUACUUUCACAGCAGUUAUAUUCUGUCACAGACUACAGUGAGAGGACAAACGUAUUGAAUGCAUUGUUCAAUACUCUUGAUAAAAUUGAAAACGUUGAAGAUAUUUUUAAAUAUUGUUACAACACCAUCACUUCUGACAUUGAACAUGCCAAGCAGCUGGUCUCGUAUGCACAACAUCGUUUGAUGAAAGAUGCAGCAGAGAAAAAAAGUGAUGUUCUGAUAGCCACAUACCUGUUUACCCUGAACAGUACCUUACUCAGAAUUGAAACUUAUGAAAUGAUUCAUCAAACUAGGGAAAAUACUGUGACGUAUAACGAGGAUAUUGGCAGUUGGGCCCAGUUUUUUAAAGCAGAUUUAUGUAAUAUGUGUAAAAGUUAUCUCAUGAAUAGUGAAUUGAAAGUUGCAGCUCUGAUAUGGGUACGACAUUGCUCCACUUUAGCGGAAUUUAUGACCACAGAAGUCGUUAGAGACAUGUUGGAGAUUAUUCCAGAUAGACUGGUCCAGCAUGACUUAUGGCCAUGGCUGCUUCACUUUGUGCCUUCCGUUCUAUCCGUUUUUCCCGAUGGUUUGUCAGAAAUAGUUACAUGGGGAAACAAACGGGCGAAAUUAUUUGAAAAAUAUGAUCCAAACAACUGGCCAAGGAAUGGACUCAAUUUCUGCAAAAGCUUUAUAAAGCUGCUUAAUCUUGAUGAAUCUCAAUCAUUUUCACUUUUACAUCAACAAUACACGACUGAACAUUCACCAUUACAACAUCUAACUGAUAUUAUUCAAGCCUUGACCGAUUUGAUGGAACUCAAAAAGAAUCACAGAUUGAUUGUAGAAAUCAAAGCAUAUAUGGGAGAGCCCAUAGAAGUAGCACAUUUGCUGUUAAGCAAAGUAUAUCCCCAAGAAGUUGGUCAUUUUGUCGAAAGCUUUCUACAUCAAUACAUGCUUAAUCAUUCGUUAAAGAAUGAUUAUGUAUUGAUACUCUAUAUUCAGAAAACACUGAAAUCCACAAAGGAAUGGUGGUAUUGGCAAGAAGCCCCAUGGGAACAAAAGAUAGCUAGUGUUGUUGCUUGUAUACACAAUGUAGAGACCCGAUUGCAACAAGUUGUGGAUAUAUUGAAGAAAGCGUCUGUACCAUGGAGUCCUACAAUAUUGGCGUUAGUUGAUGCUAGCAGCUCCAUUAAGCAUUCCUUGGUUUCUACUAUAAGAAAUGAACGAAAUUCAGUUGCGUUAAAAGUGAUAUUGAAGAAAUAUGGCUAUCAACACAUAGGUGUCACAGAUAUAUUGCCCCAAUAUAUGGUAAAACAAAACCGUGAUGGAUGGCUUGAAGAUUUGUAUGAAGUGACAAAAAAUAAUCAUUCGUUCAAGACUAGAGCUUUUUCCUUCUGCGUCAAUUUCUUUCUGAACAAAGGUGAUCUGAUGCAAAUGAUGUAUGUACUGAAUAAUCUGCCUUGUGAUGAUGCAGCAUAUUGUUGCAACCAAGUUAUAAAUUACAUAAGCAUUUGUCUAAGAUUCCAGGAAAUGAACAAUAGUGCCGAUUAUUAUGCAGAAGUAAUAUCCUCAGUCCAAGACAAGUUGAGAAAUAUUCCAAUAUCCACACUAAAUUUUGAUAGAUUCAUGCGUGAGGAUAUCUUGAUCACUGCAUCUGAAUUAAAAUCUAUAUGUCUUCUGCGUAAAGAAUUUGGAUUGGUUGUAACCUUAACAGAAUAUCAGACUGAUCGUGAAAUUAUUCUAAAAAACUAUCUCGAACAGUUGUGCAAUGAUAAUAAAACAUUAUCUGGAUGGACCAUGUAUAAGAGAGCUGGGAGGAUAGCGGAUCUUUUACGAUUGCCACGAAUUUCAGCGAUAUGUUUGUUACUUGAGAUUAGCCGCAAUAUAGAAGUACUCAAGUUUUAUAUCGAAGCAGUGAAAGAGGUUGGUUCCUUCCCAGCUAACGAAUGUCAUUACGUGAAGAAAUUAUGCCAAAUUUUUAUAUUUGAUUUGAAAAUCGAAGAGUUGGGAAUAAUACACCAUCUGAAACACAUGUCCACAUCCGCUUUAGACAAUUGUACAAUUGGAGAACUGUCAGGGAUUUUACUAUCAACGGUCUGGAGUAAUAUGAGUUCCAACUUAACUAGCAAUCUAUACAUUGAUGGAACAGAAAUGAGAAAUGAAGUAGCUGAUAAACUGAAGUGGAGAUUAUACAAAAUCUAUACAGACUCUGCAAUGUGUUCUAACGAAAUGAUUUUACCGUUCUUCGUGGAAGCGUUUCAACUUUAUUCAUCCUAUAAAUGGCAGUAUACAGGCCCCAUUGUUAUGGUUGAGACAGAUUGCUCAGAUAGACUCAUUAGUCUAGUAAACAAAGUAAAAGCUAUCCCGAAGGAACGUUACAACCUCUUUUUACUUCAGAUUUUAAAUACUUUAAUAUCCCAUUGCUCUUCCAUAACCACUGUAAAAGAAGAAAUUGUUGUUGCUAUUAAACCAGUUCGAGACAACUGCUUGCGAACAUUACUGCACAGAAUAAUCAGUGCUCGUACAUUGGAUCUGCAGUCGGGCUUGUCUUGUCUUUACAUGUUUUCCGAGCAAGAGUCUCUCAAAUGGCUAACAUCAGCUUGCAAAACAUACCAAACAGAUUAUUCACGACUACGUGCAGUAGCAGAUCUUGGUUAUGAAUAUUGUCGCUUGUCAAAAAAUGACGUGCAUAUAAAUUACUUCACACACUUUCGUGUGCGUCAUUAUUGGGAACGAAAACUACAUGAUUAUGGUAUUCAUCAUAAAGAAAUAUUUACCAGUGAUACAAAGGGCAAGCAAUAUAUUUUGGAACGACUUAUGCGCUCUGAGAUACCGGGAUUUGUCAAUUUACUCAAGGAGUUCUGCGCUGAUUUUGAAUUCGACUUUGAUGAAUGUUACAUCUUGUAUCUUGAUGUGUUGUUGAAGCACUGGAAUCCUAAAGUAAAAGUGGUAGAAUCGAACGGCGAAAACGAAUUAAAAAUCAACGAGGAUGACAUUACUACGCUUCAAAAGAACUGCAAGCAAGUUGCUGCUAUGAUAGAAGACAAAUUGGCCAUGAAGAAUCAUCUUGCAACUUUAUGGCCGAAGAUUAAUUUUUAUCACUAUGAAGUGUUUCUUUUAAUCAUGGAAUUACUUGGGGACAAUAACGAACAGCUAUUAAAUCACCUUUGUUUUUUACAAAACUAUUUUCGAUAUGGCCUCCCAACACAGAUAGAAUGUGAAGAAUGGGCCCAGCUGUGCUCAGAGAAUAAUUCUCUGCCAACAAUAGCAAAAUGGAGAUUUCCUUUCCUGCCAAAAAUUGACCAGUGGAAAUUAAUAACACCAGAAUUGAAUUUAUCGACUUACAAAAAAUGGCUAGAAGUAGCCACAGUAUUGAACUUGCAAGUUUAUGUAAUUUGUUCAGUGGCUAUAAAAGGAAGUGUAUCACAAGUCUGGGGCUUGAAAGAUGAGUCAAAAACAAGAAAUUCCAGUGAAUGGGUGGUCCAUUUAAAGAAUCCUGCUCUGCUCGAAGAUAUUAAAAAGUGUAUUCGACAUAUGGAAGAUCAGCAUGCUCUUUAUUAUGGCAUGGCUGCUCUUUACUAUGUCAUUAAUCAUACCCCACCAGGGGCAGAUCAAGCAGCAGCUGCCCAAGAGUGUUAUGCUCAUGCUCAGAAGUGGGCUCAAGCAUCAGCACAGUCCGACGAAGCAAUGAUAGAGAAAAUCAAAUUUAAAUAUCUACAACUUACCGCUAAACACAUUUUAUAUACACAUGGAUUAGGUAGUAGCGAUUAUCUGCAACUGGUCCUUUCUCCAGAGCGACUUGUUCGUAGGCUAUACAUGGAUCAAAAUAUAGUACUAAGAUGUCGGGGAGCUACUGAGAACAGACCUGAUGUUAAUUCUGCUGUGAAUGCACUUGGAAAACUUUUUUCCCUCAACAUCAUACAACUUCGAUUAGAAUUACUUGAGGAAUGGUUACAACCUAGCGACAGUGGUUCGAAAUUGGAUGACAGCAUCACUUAUAACAUUGCUGCUAUAACGUCUCAAACUGAAGACAAUAUCGUCAAUGACGAUAAUCUGCUGAGGGCAUGCUAUCUGCUUGAAUGGGGAGAUAAAGUGAUGUCUGCAAAUUACUUGAUCAACAUUGGGUUUGAUAUGACAAACGAUGCUUCCUUUAGACCCGGAAUUCAAUUCCGAGCUCUAAGUGUACUCUUGUCCAUUACUGAUUCGGCAACAGUACAAGACCUCACUAAACGAGACUUGCGAAGUAUCAAACUGUACAUGAAAUCACUGCAAUAUAUAAGUAAAUUGGAAAGACUAGGACUUACAUUCAGUAUGCAUGGAUUUGAAAGUUCUCCAAAACUGGAACUGGUGCAAAUGUUGUUUAGAAGUCAUGCACAUUUACCAGAGGCACUCGUUCUCAUUUUGCAAAUGUGCUUGGAUUUUGGAAUAAAAGAUUAUACUUUGUGGGAUGGGGCAUUAAGUGCUAUGGCAAAAAUGUGUAUGAUCAGAGAACUAGAAAAAAUUUUGCCAAAACUAUCAACUGUAAGCUACACGAUAGGCUGUAAGGGCUAUACUAAGGCUUGGGAAGUAAUAAUUUGGGAACCAUUCAGGAAAACAGAUACUGUUCUUUCUUCAAAGCAGUUCGACGAAUGUGUGACAUCAAUUUGUCUCUUGCACUCGUGUCCUGUAGCAAACAAAUUAAAUCUUGAGCCGAUCAUAAAAGUUUGUUUUGAGACAAAUCAUCCUGAACUUGCUGCUGCAAUUUUACCAUUUCUGAAUAAGAAUGAUGUGGAUUUCGUUGUAAAGACAAUAAGCUCAUCCUGUGAUGUGUUUAAAGUUAUAGACGACCUCCGUGCUCUUCUAGAAAAGGGAAUUCUCACGGUUUCACAUUCGGUGCGUAUAUUGGAAAAAUUGGUACAAUCGGACGUGACGAAAAAUGAGUGAACCUACAAUGUUAAUAACAUGUGAAUAUGAAUGUAAUGUGACAUAGAUCAGAAAAUUAUAAUUAUAUUUUUUUAUGUAACUUGAAUAAAUUGUAC